AAAUACUUUUGCAAAAAAAAAAGAGCCCAUAAAGCUCGGAGAAACUUUGUGCGAACUUUGCUUUUUUCUUUUUUUGUUUUCAUUAAUAUCAUUAUGAACUUAAAUUACUCGAUUAUAUUCAGAGUUGCAAACAUUGUUGCUGCUGCCUUUAUGAUCAUUGGUGGUGUAAUGACGUGCUUUGCAGGAGGGUUCCCAAACUUCAUCCAAGGUAUCUUUGUCAUCAUCUUUGGUAUCAUAACAGCCAUGUUUGAAUUCAGAUUACCUGCCAUGAUUUCGCAAUAUGCUUCAUUCAUGUUUUCGUUUAUGGGUCGUGCUAUCUUUUACAUCUUCAUUGGUUGUAUUACAUUGAAUUAUGGUGGACUUGCUAUUGCUUCUGGCGUCAUUGUAGCUGCUAUUGGCAUUGCCUAUGUUGUGCUUCACUUUCUCAAAACUAUUGAGGCACCUUCUAAUAUGCAAAAACGAGCUUUUGAAGAUGCUGUUGGCUACUCAUCUCCAACGGAUGACGCAACUACUCACCAGAGCACCUUUGUUGGCCAGAACAACAAUCCCACAUAUCAGCCGUCCAAUUAUGCAAACCCUACUGCUACUGUCUAAUCACCUUAAUAAAAAAAAAAGCUCUUUCUAAUUA